ACAAAAUACACAGCUCACUUUUUACUCGUGCCAUGUCGAAGCACACUCGCGAUCAAGCUCUGGUAAAUUUGUUACUAUGUUCCAGGAUUUCCAGGGGUUUUUGAAUGACUUGCAGGACUGGGAAUUUUCACUCAAAGACAAAGACAAAAGAAUGAAGCCUCAAGCUUCUCAAAAGGAUAAUUUGAAAGUUGGUGAAAAGCUUGGACCAAGUGGAAAUACAUCUACGGGCACUUCUUAUUCUAAGAACUAUGAUGCUGUUAAUCGCAUAUCAAGUAGUUUCAUGACUGAAGAAAGUCUUCCAGAUGCUACUUCAGAGAAAGAACUGGGUAAUGAGUAUUUCAAGCAGAGGAAGUUUAAAGAAGCUAUUGACUGCUAUUCAAGAAGCAUUGCCCUGUCACCUACUGCAGUAGCCUAUGCAAAUAGGGCUAUGGCCUAUCUUAAAAUCAAGAGAUUCCAGGAAGCUGAGGAUGACUGUACAGAGGCCUUAAAUCUAGAUGAUCGCUACAUAAAAGCAUACUCACGCCGAGCUACGGCUAGAAAAGAACUUGGUAAACUUAAAGAGUCCAUUGAGGAUUCAGAGUUUGCCUUGAGGUUGGAGCCUCAAAACCAAGAAAUCAAAAAACAAUAUGCUGAGGUCAAAUCUUUGUAUGAGAAAGAGAUUCUUCAGAAGGCAUCUGGAAAACUUAAAAGCUCUGCACAAGGAAGGCAGAAAGUUGGAAAGCCAGGAAUAAAAGUGAAUGGAGAUGAGGUCUGUGCUGUUCCAAAUACCACUCAGAAGACCGGAGUAGUAGCAGUUCAAGAAGAUCAUGCUAAGCAGGCAAGUAAUGGAGAUAAUACUGUAAGAACUUCUCUCUGUGUGGAAGAAAUAGGAGACAGAAGUGUCAGAGCUGAGAGCAAAGCUAAAGUUCUGCAAGACGGUUCUCAUACAGAUGCUUUACGAAGUUCUGGUUUGGAGAAGAGCAAUCAUAGAGCUAGAAAACAAGACUUGAAUCCAUCGGUGCAUGAACUUGCUUCUCGAGCAGCUUCUCGAGCCAUUGCUGAAGCUUCUAAAAACAUCACACCUCCAAAAUCAGCUUAUGAAUUUGAGGUUUCUUGGCGAGGCUUCUCUGGUGAUCAGGCCCUACAGGCUUGUCUGUUGAAGGCUACUUCUCCAACUGCGCUGCCACAAAUAUUUAAAAAUGCCUUGUCUGCUCCUAUACUAAUUGACAUCAUUAACACAGUCGCCACCUUUUUCACUGAAGAAAUGGAUUUGGCUGUCAAAUAUCUAGAAAAUUUAACCAAGGUCCCAAGAUUUGACAUGAUCAUCAUGUGCCUUUCAUCAAAAGACAAGGCUGAUCUCCAGAAAAUAUGGGAUGAAACAUUUUGCAAUGAAGCUACUCCAGUUGAGUAUGCUGAGAUCCUUGAUAAUUUGCAUUCAAAUUACUGCCUCAACCGGUAAUGAUCCUGAUGGAUGUCCAAGAUAUGUUUUGAGCUAUUUGGUUUGUCUCUUCUAAACUUUUGAAACUGUAAAUUUACAUGUAAUGCAGCAAUCUUCCACCACUUUUUGGUUGUAAGCCAGUUAACCGGUGGCAAAGUUGUCCUACCACCACGGUUUCCUUUAUGGGUCCUGUCAGCUCAUGUUUAUAUAUUCCGAGAUUUGUCGAUUAUAGUUGAUGAAAUUAAAAGUUAGGCACUGAUGGUAGGCUGAAUAUGACUCUAGAUAUGAACUGAAAAUUACUCUAGAAAACCAUAGUGGGGUUGUUGGUGGUUGAUUGUUGGAAGUCAAUUGUUACUCAUUUUUCUCGUUGAAUGUAUUUGAAAACCCACUACAGUCAUAUUGUUGACAUCUGUGUACAAUUAUGGAUCCCAAUUUCCAAAUACAAAAAUCUAUGUAGUCUUUUCCAGAUGGAGUAUUCCAG